GGAAGCGGAGGGAAGCGGGGAAGGCUCCGCUCCUCCUCCGCGGCCCCGGCCCCGCUCAUGGCGACGCUGGGCACAUCCGGGCCUCUCCUUCUCCUCCUCCUUCGGCGGCCGCCGCUGCCCUGAGCGCCCGGCCCGGCUCCAUUCGCGCCUCCCCCGAGCCCUUGCGGAGCGGCGGCGGGGUGCCGCGGCCGGGGCCAUGUCCAACCCGGGGGCCCGGCGGAACGGGCCCGUCAAGCUGCGGCUGACAGUACUGUGUGCAAAAAACUUGGUGAAAAAGGACUUUUUCCGACUUCCUGAUCCCUUUGCUAAGGUUGUGGUGGAUGGAUCUGGCCAAUGCCAUUCUACAGAUACUGUGAAGAAUACACUUGAUCCCAAAUGGAAUCAGCAUUAUGACCUAUAUAUUGGGAAGUCGGAUUCAAUAACGAUCAGCGUGUGGAAUCACAAGAAAAUCCAUAAAAAGCAGGGAGCUGGUUUUCUGGGUUGUGUGAGGCUUCUCUCAAAUGCAAUCAACCGCCUUAAAGACACUGGUUAUCAGAGGUUGGAUCUCUGCAAGCUUGGGCCAAAUGACAACGAUACUGUUAGAGGACAGAUAGUAGUCAGUCUUCAGUCCAGAGACCGAAUAGGCACAGGAGGACAAGUUGUGGAUUGCAGUCGGUUAUUCGAUAACGAUUUACCAGAUGGGUGGGAGGAGCGCAGGACUGCCUCUGGAAGGAUCCAGUACUUAAACCACAUUACACGGACAACUCAGUGGGAGCGACCCACACGGCCAGCGUCCGAGUACUCGAGCCCGGGCCGGCCGCUGAGCUGCCUGGUGGACGAGAACACCCCCAUCGGCGGCACCAACGGCGCGUCCUGCGGGCAGGCGGCGGAUCCGCGGCUGGCCGAGAGGAGGGUGCGCUCCCAGAGGCACAGGAACUACAUGAGCAGGACACACCUGCACACCCCCCCCGACCUGCCUGAAGGAUACGAGCAAAGGACAACUCAGCAAGGUCAGGUCUAUUUUCUGCACACUCAAACUGGUGUAAGCACGUGGCACGAUCCAAGAGUACCUAGGGAUCUUAGCAACAUCAAUUGUGAAGAGCUUGGUCCACUGCCUCCUGGAUGGGAGAUCCGAAAUACAGCAACAGGCAGGGUUUAUUUUGUUGACCAUAACAACAGAACGACGCAGUUCACGGACCCGCGGCUCUCUGCAAAUCUGCACUUGGUCCUAAACCGGCAGAACCAGCUGAAGGACCAGCAGCACCAGCAGCAGCAGCAGGUGGUGUCCCUGUGCCAGCUCCCGGACGAGGCCGAGUGCCUGACGGUGCCGCGCUACAAGCGCGACCUGGUGCAGAAGCUGAAGAUCCUGCGGCAGGAGCUGUCCCAGCAGCAGCCUCAGGCUGGCCACUGUCGGAUCGAGGUCUCCAGGGAGGAGAUUUUUGAGGAAUCCUACAGGCAAGUCAUGAAGAUGAGGCCAAAAGACCUGUGGAAACGAUUGAUGAUAAAAUUUCGUGGGGAGGAGGGCCUUGAUUAUGGAGGUGUUGCCAGGGAGUGGCUGUACCUGUUGUCCCACGAAAUGUUGAAUCCAUACUAUGGGCUCUUCCAGUAUUCCCGAGAUGAUAUUUACACCCUGCAAAUCAACCCCGACUCCGCCGUCAACCCGGAACACUUGUCCUAUUUCCACUUCGUGGGCCGGAUCAUGGGGAUGGCUGUGUUCCAUGGGCACUACAUUGACGGGGGCUUCACGUUGCCUUUCUACAAGCAGCUGCUUGGGAAGCCAAUUACUUUGGAUGACAUGGAAUUGGUUGACCCUGACCUCCAUAACAGCUUAGUUUGGAUACUUGAGAACGACAUCACCGGGGUCCUGGACCACACAUUCUGUGUGGAGCACAACGCCUACGGGGAGAUCAUUCAGCACGAGCUGAAACCCAAUGGCAAAAGCAUCCCCGUGACAGAGGAGAACAAAAAGGAAUAUGUCAGACUUUAUGUGAACUGGCGGUUUUUACGAGGAAUUGAAGCUCAGUUUCUGGCGCUGCAGAAGGGAUUUAAUGAAGUAAUCCCACAACAUCUGCUGAAGACAUUUGAUGAGAAGGAGUUAGAGCUCAUCAUUUGUGGACUGGGAAAAAUCGAUGUUAACGACUGGAAGGCAAAUACCAGGUUAAAACACUGUACCCCAGACAGCAACAUCGUGAAAUGGUUCUGGAAAGCCGUGGAGCUGUUCGACGAGGAGAGGAGGGCGAGGCUGCUGCAGUUCGUGACCGGCUCCUCCCGGGUGCCUCUGCAGGGCUUCAAGGCGCUGCAAGGUGCUGCAGGCCCACGACUCUUCACAAUACACCAGAUUGAUGCCAGCACUAAUAAUUUGCCGAAAGCUCAUACCUGCUUCAACAGGAUCGACAUUCCCGCCUACGAGAGCUACGAGAAGCUCUACGAGAAGCUGCUCACGGCCAUCGAGGAGACCUGUGGCUUUGCUGUGGAAUGACCCUCCCAGCCUCUCCCAGACUCUAUUUAUACUCCUGUCAGCCAGAAAGCCCUUCCUUCCCUCAGCCAAGACUCAAGAAAUGCUUGAAAUACAGGAAACUUUCCCUUUUCUACACUAGGACAUUGGGAGGGAAAGGACAACUUUUGGAUUUUUUUUAAAAUUUUUUUUAAUUUUUUAUUUCAAGAAAAUAGGUUCUGUGGUUCCUGCCAUAGGAUCAUUCAGCUGCUAUUAAAAACUAAUAUCUUGAACAUACAGAAUGCUGACUUUUCCUACAUUUCAACAGUUAAGCAGUAUUCUAUACUUAAAGACUACUACUAUUUUUGUAAGAGGUAAUCUAUUAUAUUUGCCUACCUGAUUUCUAUUCUCAGAUACCAAGACACAACUUCAGCAGUCGGUACAAGUCACGUUUCAGCCUGUUUUAAAUGUAUGAUACUGAACAGCAUCUAUACCUGCUAUUUUUGGAAAAAAGUAUUUUGGAUUAUUCUAACUUUGCAUAAAAUUGGCUGAAAGAAUCAUUAAUCUUUUUAAUGAAAGCCACUUACAUGUUAACUGCAUUUUCUUAUAGUAAACCAUUAUAUUCUGCAAUGUAAAUUCCAGGUAAAUGUUACCACAGGGGCUUUUAAAAAUAUUUUUCAAGCAGGAAUUCCAAAUAUGACAUUUUGGGGUCCUAUUUAUAUCACUUGUCAGAUUCCUCCAGCAGAAUUUCUAGUGAGUGACACAGACUAUUUGGUACAGUCCUUGUGUUUACACGUGGAAUAACCUUUUCUUAAUGAACAGUAGAUGUUUUUAUUUUUUUUUUUAAACAGCAUUUUUCUAACAAUUCUGUCAAGAGUACUUUUUGUUGCUUUUGACCUUAAAUUGAAACACUGCAUUUUUCAGCUGUUGAAGCACUGAUGGGCUUUGCCAGCAGAAGCCUGUCAGCAGUUUGUUCCAGAAUCCAUCCUGUCCAGUCAACCAAAGUUUGUUUGAAUGCAGCCAAAUCAUAUUCUAUAUUUGUUGAUGCUAAAGAUUUAUCAGGUAAAACAUGUUGUAAUCUCUGUCCAGCUGCUUAUGACACGUGGGUUUAAGUUACAGCUAAGGAAAAAUGGUGUAUUGACUGAAAUAUGUGUAAUGUGCUUUGGAAAUGAGGUUGUAAGAGCACAUAAUUUAUUGAUUGUAGGGAUGGAAGUAAGUAUAUAUAUGAUUUAUAGCAUGGGUUGAUCUCUUCAAAGGGGAGAAAAAUGCACUACCAGUAGAGGGAACUGAACUUUGAUGUUAGUUUGGAAAUUCUCAUUUGAGAUCUGUCUGAUCUCCUCGUGGCAUGUGGAUAAAUCAGGCUGCUUCAGACAGUGCCAUUCUCCUCUCAGCCAUGAGAAUAUUUGGAAUAAGUAGCAGUUUUUUUCCAAUCAGUGUUGUGUUUUUGUAACUUAGGUUACAAUUAAUCAUCAAAUCUGCACUAUUUUUUCACUGCCAAUGAGAAGAAAGUCAAAGGUAUUGAAAAUGCUAAAGGGAUGGGAUGUAACCAGCUGUUCCAUGUUUGCAGUGUAAGUCAGUGAACCAGCUCAUCUGCUGUCUGUUCUGUGGCACUUAAACUAAAUUUUGCUCUGCCAAGUCUGACUGCCACAGUGACUAAACUACUAUUGGAUGUUUUGUGUUGAAUAGUGGGCAAGGGACUACUUUUACAGAAUUGUGGUGAGAAUCUGGUGAGCCAAAGCCACAUGCUGGUUUGAUUAUUUCUUUUGUACAGCUGUUGCUGGCAGGUUUGUUCCAAGGGACUUGCUUCCCUUUCUGAGCUGGCUGCAGGAUGAGGCUACUUAGGGAUGUAAACAGAAAGCCAAGAGACUUGCUGUGACAGCCAGGUUUGAAAUACAGCAGAGCCUUUUCUUUUCAUUUCAGUGGACUCUUGCACUCCUGUUGAAGGGCUGCUCCUUCUGCAUCCAUGCUGGGCUCCCCAUUCAGGGCUUUCAGGUACCCGUGGUAGCAGGGAAGCUGCCCCUGUGCCUGUGCAGGGCUGGGGGAGCACAGCAGGUUCUUGCCCAGAGUUUGUCACUCCAAAUGCUGCCCGUGGCUCCAGCCCUGCCCAAAGCCUGUGCUCAGCCCCUGCCAGGUCUGAGCAUGUCAGUGACCAUUGAAGGGCUUUUACAGACAGGUUCUUGGGACUGUUCACAGGAGAGGAUUCAGUGUCACAGCACUGACAGAAGUGAUUUUUUUAAGGGUUUGUUUAUUUUUAUUUAUCCCCCCUGUGCUUGCCCAGCCUGUGACCACAGAACAUGGCAAAUAUAAAAUCUGGCUGGUGGAUUUAUUGAAUGCAUAGUUAUGGUCACCUUGCUGUCACCAAGGCACCUUUGUGGAGGGAGGAGAUGAGCUCUGCAGAAUAGAGACCUGAGAUCAGCUGAUAAUUACAUUCAUUUUCACAGCAGCCUUAGCAGUACAUCUGUUUUUCUACUAAGCAUUUUGGUAUGGCAUUGAGAAUUUUUUUAACUGCUACAGAUAUUGUAAAUUUAAUAUAUUACAGGCAAAACUAGACAAGUCUGCAUUGAACUUUCCAUAGCUGACAGAUGAGGAUGAAUAUACCAAGUAUUUUGAGUGCCUUUCUACCUUCAUAAAGACUGAGAGCUUUAACUAAAGCACCUCAUCACCUAGUCAGAUUUUUAUCUGAAAGUGGUAAAGGGUUGAUUCCUUUCCAAAACUUUUGUUUCAAGAACAUGUCAGCUACUUUCCCCUCAAAAAGGUGCUAAGCCUAAUAUUGCAUUUUAACCUUGGACUUUCACCCCAUGAUUAAUGUGAAUAUUUAUUUCAAUGUGUCCCUCUUACUGGAUUUUACUUUAUCCAGUCUUUAGUUGUUUUAGAGAGAUGUCACAUCAUGGUUUUAUGCUGUUGCUUUUCAUUAUGAAUGUUUAAUUAUGAACAGUGACUUUUGUAGAUUUCAAAUAUACAGUUCACAGUUGAGUUUCAGAGGAUUUAAUUUCUCGGUGUAAAGAGUUUUGUAACGGUGCUUUGUACAGUAUGUAUUCUAACUUUUUUUUUUUUUUUUGCACAUAGGUUCAGUUUCCCUAAACUGAUUUAUUUGUACCAAAUUUUUGUGUUGUACUAAAGUCCAGAGCACACAAGCUAUUUUGAAAUUCCUGAUCCACAACACUACAUGUGUACUGAACUCCUGGUGCGUUUAAAAGGCUGCAUUGAUGGAAGUUCAAGCUUUGCUCCUCUGUCACAGCACCAUCCUCCAGCUCGAUGUAGCAUCUUUUUAAACAGCACCACACAGUUAACAGGUGCCAUUUGUUGUACUUUACACUAUGUAGUAGGUUCCUGGCUCUACACAUCCUCAGAGCUUUGUCUGUAGUUGUAAUUAGUUUAUACAAGUGUAAUUACUUCUCCACAAACUGACAGUUCUUAGUUUAUCAUUUUCAUUGUAUUUAUUACAGAGUGUUUUAGCAUUGGUAUCAUUGUAUUUUCACCCAGCUGUUACAUGAGCUUUAACAAAAAAAAUCUGUAUAAAAUGGUUUUUAAGUACUUAAUGUAUGUACCCAUGCAGAAGUUGAGCAAUAAAUUGUAUGCUGUUUGCACUGUCACAGCA